AUUGGGAUGGUUUGAGGUUACUUAGUUGCUAGUGCACAUACACGCAGUGUGUUUUAAUAGAAAUCGAAUAAAGUCUUGGGUGAUUCGACAACUGUUUUGAUUAAAAAUCGCAAAGAUUACUAAUCGAAAACGCAUUGCGUAAUUAUUUUUAAAGCCGAAAAUUAUAAAUUUUAUUUAAAAACAAAAUACCGUUUCACAAAUCAACCGUCGCGGUAUGGCAACAUUUUCGAAAAUUCAAAUAAUAAGCUUUCACAUCGAAUAACAUUGUAAACAGCCUAAAUGUAUACUAUGAAAAAUCUGGAAAUGCAUAUAGCAAAGCUGCUACUCAAUAUAUUACAACUACAACAACAUUUGAGAAACAAUGAGAGCAAACAAUGUGUGUCGGUCGUGCUGGCAGCUUAAACAACAAUUGAGCUUAAACAGUUAUGUGUGUGCCAAUAUUCAUUCAUUCAUUCAUUAAGUUAACAUGACCACCAUCCCACACAUAACCACACACACACACUCACUUGCAAAUGCAAGAUUUCUUCUGCACUUCAGUGAUGACAGCGCAACAGAAUGUGAGCGCGAAAGCGUAAAGAGAGCAAGAGCAUCACAAUAGAUACACGAGUUGUGUUUGAAAUUCCAAUGGACACUUGCCAGUGCUGGUACGUGUACACCCACCCGAAAUGGUGGGCAACAAAAAAGCACAAUUAUACAAACAACAACAACACACAUUUAAGAUAGCACAGCAUCCAUACUGAUUUGUAUGAGGACGAAGCGAUUUGAGUGUGACAUAGAGAGAGACUUAGAGAGAGAGAGAGCAAGUUCAAAUUGUAAGACUAAAGACUACUGAUUACUUGCGCCGUUGGUGGUACACAUUCAGUCCCGGAUGAGAUUUGAAGCAAUAAACUUGAGUUUUAUAAUAAGCGUAUACAUUUAGGCGUAUCAACACUCACUCACUCACUUACUUACCUAUUUACUUAUAUCAUAUUAAGUGCAUAAAAUGUGAUUUAAAUAAAUUAAGUAAAAAUUUAUAAAAAAUAUUUCUAAAAUAAUUAAAAUAAUAUUAUAACUGUUAUAAUAGCACACUUGUGUUUAUUGCUGCAAGCAAAAUGCUGAAAAGCGAAAGCGAAAAUUUGUGACAGAAAAAUGUGUUUCGAAAUCGCUCCCGAUUGUUGAGCACAAAAAAAAAGCUGAAAAAAUAAGGAUACCCACAGCCUAGUGAUUGUGAGGCAGUUUAGUUAAAUUAAUGUCGCUGUGCUUGUAUGAGUGUGUGUGACACACACACACAGCUAUACAAGUGUUGUAUUUGUAUUUGCGCAUAUGUAGCGCUAUAUAACUGUAUGAAUAUGUGGAUUAGCAGCGGAUUUGUGUACGGAAAAUUGGAAAAUGUAAUUACAAAAAAAAAAAAAAAAUUACUGUGUUAAAAUUUAAUUAAACAAAGUGCAAGUGUAAAUAUACGCAUAAAUGCAAAGGUGCUAGUGCAAAUGGUUGUGCGUGUUUGGAGUGUAGCUGAAAGUGUGAAAAAGUUGAAAAUCCAUUUAGUAGCUACAAACAUAUAUAUUUUUUAUUUUACUUACAUAUGUAUGUAUGUACAUGUUGUUGUGUUUGUUGCACUAGCAAGCAGCAUAUUUUCAGCAGCAGCAGCAGCAAUGGUAACAACUAGCGCAACGCAUCUUUUAGUUGGCUAUUAGGGAGCGGCAACUUUUCUAUAGACAAGCACAAUCAAAGUGUACACACAAACAGACAGACACAGAAAUUGACACGGUAACCCACACUCACACACUCACACAUACAUACAUACAAACAUACAGACAGGUUGCUUUUAACACAACAGCAUAUGUGUACAGCAUACUCAACUAAUAUUGCUAUUGUUGUUGUUAUAAUUUUUGUUGCUGCUAUUGCUGUUGAAGGGCUGCUGUUCCUGCUGCUGCCGUGCUGCUGCUGCUGGUGUUGUUGUUGUUGGUGUUAUACCGUUGAUGUCGAUAACAGGGAACAUACGUACAGCUGUUAUAAAGCAGGACACAUACAUACAUAUAUACAUAUAAAGGUGCUGAAACAUACAUAUUUACAUAUAUAUACAUAUAUUUGUAUGCUAAAAAGUCCUUAUGUUUGUAUAUAAUUUGUAUACAGCUGAAUGUGUAUGCGCGCGCGCCUGCGUGCGUGAAUGUGUAUGUGACUUGCGUUGCUGUGUUUGUAUGUGUGCAAGUGCUCUUUUUCCAGUGCUCUCAUUUUGAUUAACUUUGUGAAUUAGUAAAGUGUGGUGACGGCCCUAUACAAUGGCAGCUGUAACAGCAACAACAACAACAACAACAACAACAACAACGCUAGUGUCAACAAUAACUCCAACAACAGCAACAAUUGCAAAUAAUCAGCAAACAAUAAAACAAUAACAAUAGCACUUAAUAAAACCACCGCAAUAUCAGCUAUCAACUAUUGAAAAUCGUACAACAACAACAAUAUCAAUACUACAAAAACAACAACUAUUGUACUAGCUAUCGCACAACAACAACAACAGCAACAAUAUACAGCACAAACCAAAAAAAAAAUAAACAAUCAUUCGCAUUCUCAUCCUUUGCCAUUUGAGUUGAGUUGAGACGUGAAAUCGGCCGCAUGACAGCCAACAACUUGACAGUGUGGCAGUAGGACACACAGGACACAGGAACUCCUUUAUUUGCAUGUAAAAUGAACUGUCAAACUGUGGCGUUAACAACAAAAGUGGCAAUGCGUCGAGUUCGCAUGAGUAACGACGACGACGACGACUGCGAUUGCGACUACAGUUAUACAAACGAUAAGAAGUACAACAACAACAACAAUAGCAACAAUAGCGAACAGCAAAUAAAAGUAUUGACUGUGGCAGCAGCUUUAAGCGCGUUAAAGGCAACAGCAGGAACACCAGCACGCACAAUCACAAUCACAAUGCGAUCCAGUUAAUGGGUAACACAUUCGUACGCUUUGCACGAAGCUUAAUCAUCUGGGUACUUGGCAACAAAAGCUUUAAUUAAAGAACAACAGCAAUACAUAUGUAUAUUUGCACAAAACUAUCAGCGGAAUAAUUAAAAGUAAAAAAAAAGUAAAAAAGAAAAACAAAAUAAACAAAAACAACAAAAAUCGAAAAGCAACAACCAAAACGGAAAAUCGUAAUACAACAAAUCAACAACAAAUCGCACACAACAAAUCAAAAUGGGUCCGUUAUUUUUCGCUCGUCUCGCGAUGCCCGCGCAUGGACCGCCCAGCAUAUUGGAACCGUUGGCACCGUCAUUCCGCACAACGACAACAUCGACGACGACAACAACAACAACAACUACGACCAGUACAACAACAUUAGCGCCAUCUGUAUUCACCGCUAUGUUGGACAAUGUCACCACAGUGAUUAUCUUGGAUAGUGAAAUAGCACAAAAUCAAACAAAUGCCACCGGCAUCUUCGGACCGAAGGGACCCAGCUAUUCGAUCUCUUCCAUGGUGUUCAUGGGCUUAAUUGCGGCCAUACUUAGCUUACUAACGGUGGCGGGCAAUGUUAUGGUUAUGAUCUCAUUCAAAAUCGAUAAACAACUACAAACAAUCAGUAAUUACUUUCUCUUCUCAUUGGCCAUUGCCGAUUUCGCAAUCGGACUCAUAUCAAUGCCACUGUUUGCGGUCACCACCAUACUCGGCUAUUGGCCGUUGGGUCCACAUAUCUGCGAUACAUGGCUCGCAUUGGAUUAUCUGGCAUCGAAUGCGUCGGUGUUGAAUUUGCUUAUCAUCAGUUUUGAUCGAUACUUUAGUGUCACACGACCAUUGACAUAUCGUGCGAAGCGUACCACCAAUCGCGCAGCGGUCAUGAUUGGCGCUGCUUGGGGCGUAAGUUUGUUGUUGUGGCCGCCAUGGAUUUACAGUUGGCCAUAUAUUGAGGGUGAGCGCACGGUGCCGCAAUAUGAGUGCUAUAUACAGUUUAUCGAGACGAAUCAGUACAUUACAUUUGGCACGGCGUUGGCGGCUUUCUAUUUUCCGGUGACGAUUAUGUGUGUGCUGUACUAUCGCAUUUGGCGCGAGACGAAGAAGCGACAGAAGGACUUGCCCAAUUUGCAGGCGGGGAAAAAGGAUUCGUCGAAGCGUUCGAAUUCGAGUGACGAGAAUACCGCGGUAAAUCACGCGGCCAAAUUGCCCUUUGGCAAUACUGGCGAUGGUCAUGACUGGCGGCGUCCGCGUUCCGAAUCCUCUGCCGAUGCUGAAAGUGUUUAUAUGACCAAUGUGGUCAUUGAUACCGGCUAUCAUGGUCUGCACUCACGCAGAUCAAGUAUCAAAAGCACUAAUACCCUCAAAAAAUCCUAUUCCUGCUUUGGCGGCGUUAAAGAAUGGUGCAUCGCGUGGUGGCACUCCGGACGUGAAGAUUCCGAUGAUUUUCCUUAUGAAUUAGAGGAACCUUCAGAUUAUGGCUGCACUUCAGUCAGCGUGGUGCGCGACAACUAUUCACUUGGCGGCAGCGCUUGUGGCGUACGUCCACCAAGUAUACUGCUACCCGAUGUCUCACCCACACCACUCCGCCCGCCACUGACACCACUCUCCCAGUUGCAAGAGAUCUCUUCCGCAACGGGUGCACGCGAUUCACGCUCACUACCCGGCAACAAUCGCAUCAGUUCACGUUCGGUAAGUCAAGAUUCAGUUUAUACAAUACUAAUACGGCUACCCUCGGACGGGGCUAGCGCCAAUAAUGGACCAGAAGCGCCAUCAAUCAAAAUGAUACACGAAGGCGUAUCGCUACCGAUCAUAAGCGCUGCACCGCCAACGCGACGACCACUCUCCUCACGUGAUUCCGAAUACAGUUUACCGGUGGGUCGACGCAUGUCGCACGUAUCGCACGAUGUACGCAUACCGCUCAAUGCGAAAGUAAUACCCAAACAAUUGGUCAAACAUGUGCAUGCCACGUCGCGUGUCGCCGCCAAGAAGAAGAAGAAAUCACAAGAGAAGCGCCAGGAAUCGAAAGCGGCUAAGACGCUAUCGGCCAUUCUGUUGAGUUUCAUCAUCACCUGGACGCCAUACAACAUCUUGGUGUUGAUCAAACCGCUCACCACAUGUUCCGAUUGCAUACCCAACGAGUUGUGGCAAUUCUUCUAUGCGCUCUGCUACAUCAAUUCGACCAUAAAUCCCGUCUGCUAUGCCCUGUGCAAUGCAUCCUUCCGCCGCACCUAUAUACGCAUACUCACCUGCAAGUGGCACACACGCAAUCGGGAGGGUAUGACGCGCGGCGUGUACAACUGAGUAAGGCCUAUGGAGGGGACGAUAAUGCGUCGCCGCGAGGGUAAUGCAGGCCUCUUCGAAUUGAAGCAGAAUACUAAAUUUAAUACAUAAUGAAAGUGCGAGGGUAGGCAAUAAGUGUAGACGUGUGAGUCGUCUGUGCGAAACGCGUGUAGCUAACGGUUUUCGUUGCGACAACUGAUCUGGGGCAUCUGAUGAAUGAUAUUGUUUGGAGUUGGCACCUGCGCAUACUUUUAGUCAUGCUGGAGUGUAAUAUUCAAGAUUUUUAGCAGUACUGCUGUAAUAGUUCCUCAACAUUUCAUACCGCAAGGCGCACUGGCACAGGAGAUAUUCCAGCGCUGGAUAUUGAAGCAACACGUCAGCAUAAAACGUAUGCAGUUCUUCAUAAAUCAUGAUAAUUGCCAGGACUGCAACCAUAAACCACAGUUUCUAGAUAUGUAUCAUCCAGCCAUAAUUGCAGGACGUUGCAGCUUCCAUCUCCAAUAUUUCACAUAGUAGCGGUCAAAUCUUCAUCUAAUAACUUGCAGCAUUCAUUGUUGAUAUAAAUAAUUGUUGUAAAUUGAUUAAUUUAUUUAAAAUAAUGUAUUUUUUGUACUUUAACAUAAAAAGUUUGCAAUAAACUCCAAAAGCGCUCCUA